AUGGCCAAUUCGGAUGACCAAAGGCCUGCAGUGUUUCCAUCGGCACUGUGCAGGCACCCCAAAAAAGAGGUGGGUGAUCGCGCCGCUUCGACUUUGAGAUCUCUUAUACAGUAUAUUAGUACACUUUUCUUCUUAGACUCGCCCCUACCUCUUGAAUGAAGUUCAAGUCCGUCUAUGAGAGGUCAUACAAGCAAUUUGCAUCUGCCCAUAAGGACUAUUUGGAAAACUUGAACUAUCGUAUUCAAAGACAAGCCGAUGAGCGUACUCAUCAUCCUCUUGACUGGCCAGGUGAAAGUUCGGACAGUGACACCUCUAGCUCCUCAACCGUUAUUCAAGGAUCACACGUGCCUCUAAGGGCAGUUUCUGCCGGUAACAGUCACAAUGCUUCAUAUGAUAAAACGAGCAUCGGCAGUACGCAAUUGAGCCAGUGUACAAUCUCUCCCGAAGUAAAAAAAGAUGGUGCUUCUCCUGAGAGUUUUUUUAUUUGUUUACAGAGUUUGUUCAGGUCGAUUGGGACUCAAGCCUCUCAGAGCUGUCGCUGGCCUCGGAUGGGAGCGACGCUUGCACCAUUAACACAGAUAAAGCAAGGAAGGUUAGUGUUGGCCGUGCGCCACGCUGUUCGGGUGACGUCAAAGACGUGAUUUCACAGUAUCCCACCGGCGGAGCGUCUAAAGGAAAAGUAAGUUGUUGUACUUGUCUGACAGUUUCUUAACACAUCGAGUACCACUUCACUAAAUGUAAACUUGCAAACGCAUGCAUGCUGCAUGUUCAUUAGCCAGUUAGGGAUGUUUUAAUACAAAAUAGUUUUUUUGCUUAUAGCCCGAUAAUCCACUUCAUUGAGUUAUCUGUCGCAAUUACCUGCCUUUCCUAACGAAGGACUUCGGUAUGUUCAAUGCUGGCUCUUGUGAAGUCAACAAACCAGCGGAUACUCCGGGAGCUCGACCGUUCUCACACCCCAAAAUUGCCAUCACAAUCACAUCAGUCAGAUAAUGACAAGCGGUCGAGAACUGCCUUGUGACAGCGCUUAUCAUGAACGACUCACCCAGCUUCUUGUUGCAAGUUUACUGCAUCACGAAUGAUCGCCUUACAGACGGCGUAAGACUCUCUGCGAUGUUUAGCCAACCGGCCUACUAGUCAUGGACGAAUUUGUCCUUAGGCCGCUCUACAUACAGGCGAGCCACCUCUAUCUGUAUGUAGGGGCAUAAAGUUGACCGGUUGUAUUUACGACCGCCGAUGUAACCAUUCGUUGGAGAGGCAGUUUCUGAUAACUGAGCAUAAGGGCUGUCGAUCUAAUACUGUUGAGCAAUGAACAUCUUCGGGACACACUCAUUCAUCAUUCGUAUGCAGCGAUUGUCUUUCUUGAGGGCCCAUGCACUUGCGACUUGGUCUUCUGACUGAUCUUUCGCAAAUUCGGUAGGUAUCGUCAGAGUCGAGCACCCGAUCAAUCCUAGGACCGUUUUCAUCUGCACUGCCAUUUUACCUAACACAGCAUAGAUUGUCGACUAACUGUAAAUUUUUAUCGUAUAUCGUAACCAGACAGAUAUCUCCCACCGCGGAGCCUGAAACGAUCGUAUAUUUUGAGAAGAGCUAAUUUUCAUUCUCACCAGCGGCCUUGUGUUUUUCUAACAAAACACUACAUUUCCGCGAAGGAUUCCGCAAACACAACUCCACCGGUAAUGCACAAACCAUGACUUACUGUGUCCCUAUGUCCGCAUGCCCAAAAUUUGAUCUUUAGGAGAAAACUUUGCUGGACAUCAGGUGUGGAAUCAAAAACGACUCCCAGACCUCGGUCCUCCUAUUAUGUUAGUGUGCCUGAAGCAAGGGAGACAACCUCAUUGGCAUGCCACCAUGCGGCUUUAUCUCCCAAAAGUAACCCGAUGGGCACAUACUAAAUUCACGAAGAAUGUGAGUGUGAUGUUGAUGAAGACGAAAGGCUUCAAAGGACUCUCGACAAAAGAGAGGCCUCGGUCAUUUCUUCGUUCAAAAUCCGCAAGGAUCCUUGUCCUUGUGUCGCAUUACAAAUGGAAGUGAUUAAGGACUGCAAAGACUUCUGCGACAAAAUCAAGAGGGUUUAUGCCACAGUACUCCUUACACAGUAACUGCCCUUUUUAUAUUCGAUGUUAUAAUACCGUUAGUCCGGUUUGCGGAAACGGUCUGGACUUUCGACCAAAAAGCGUGCUACCAGUCAGCGGAAACCGUUGAAUAAGACUUGUAAUUCUCCACCAAAAGGCAGUCUUCACCAGGUGAAUUUGUGUUUUGCCUCGCUAGUGCCUCAAGACUACUCGGUAGGUGGUUGACUCCAGUUUACGCUAGUUGGGUGCCGGUACGUUUUCCAAGUGGACAGCAGCUCAGAUGGCGGAAUCCAUCGGGUCCAUAAGCCGAAAAAAGCUCCAUCAAUGGCAGCGCCAUAGCCCAAAUCAGCGGAAACAUCUAUUGUUUCCUAUCUUUGGGGCAGGUAAAGCAGAUUAGUACAUUCAAGUUUGGGGUAAUCCUGCUCUAGGACUCACUUUGUUUGUGUUGUGUGGAAUGAGUGACCUUACGAAGGCGGACAGCCAUUACUCCUCCAACCAUCCAGAUGGUUUUUCCAGAAUCCUGUCCUCACGCUGGCGCUCACUGUGUUCAAACACCUCUGUGCUGUUGACAAACGCACCCUAAUGUCACUAAAUGAUACUCGACAGUGAAAUCGGUUUCCAGUGCAUAGAUGGCGCUUUGACUCGGAUACUCAGAAUGGUCGCGGUACUCUGUGGACCAGGGUUCUCCUUGACACCGUUGUGUUAGAGUCAGAAGCAACUCUCAGUGGCGCCGUAGCGCUGUGCAACCCAGGAUUUGUCAAAUACUCCUCGGAGAGUCAUGCCAUUUCCACACUGCACCAACGCUGACAUGUCUGGACAGUGUUGCCGGCAUUUCACUGUGUGGUGCGCCGUAUCUUUUUCCGAAGUGUCCAGAUUACUUACUCAACAGCCGGCCCACUACCAGUGGUUCGAUGUGAUGGCCGUUGCGGGCACCAGAGGAUGAGUCCGGGAGUCAGUUUGUAUGCUUUCUUUUCUAGUGCAUGACAGACAAGCUGCGGAGAUGAUGAAUCCGUAGAAGUGCAGCACUGGCUUUGACAAUGGACAUAUAAGCCGGGCUGUUUAAACUCUUAACCAAUCACAAGCUUCCUCCAGUGCCAUUUCUAGAAUAUUUGUCGAGAAUCCGGCCUCUUCUCUCCUUGGGAUGCAUCAAUUUCGCCUUCAACCCGUUUUCUCCACAUUAUUCAUGGGUCUUCCUAGCUACUCUGGCACCAUACGUUUAGGCUUCCUUGAAAUUCUCAUCCUUCGAAAUAAGACCGAAUUUGAUGAUGCUGCACGUAUAUUAUACCAAUAUUAUUGGAACAUCUGCUCCAGUGUAUGUACAUCAGCUUUUAUAAAUUCACCUAAUCACCACUUUAAUCAUUUUAUCCCUGGGGUCUACAUCAGUAUCCACCAAAAGGUAAGGCGACGUACCUUGUUAACGUCGAAACUGUUCGCCACACCCUCUCCCUAAAGUAAAAUUCACAGAAUUUAAGCUUUUGAAUAGGUGAAGCUCGCUGCCAAGAUCGGCGUCCACUGUUCUUAUUACCUUUUACACCCUAUACUCGAGCAUUUUGUCUUACUCACCAUUAUCACUUCAUUUUUGCCAAUGGGAUAUUCGUAUCACUCGGUUGCGCUGCGAUCACAGUCACAUUACUGUUUCGUGGCCAAUACAACCACGAUUUCCCAAUCGCAGGCGUGGUCUCUCCAGACUUUUUUUUUACCAUUCGGGUCAGUGAAUCGUCGUCUUAUAGCUAUUAUCCGGACCAUUCCAGUCUUAGUUCCGUUUGCCAGGGUGUCUCUCCAUGCAACUAUUUUCUGCAGCGGUUCUUACUGGUUCCACCCGUUGUUCUUUGGUAGCGACGACCAAACAUAGUGGCCAGCUUGACGUUUUGACGGAGCGUCUCAAAUCCUGUUUUGUGUUGAUUUCUCCGUCAUCUCCGCUGGGGUGACAGCGUCAUAUUCGGGGCCUAGAGCAUUAUCUGUGCUUGAUGCAACCUUGCUCAUUUCUCAUUACUCAGUAACAUCGCGGAUAACACCUUUCCGCGCGCGACGACUGGUGACUGACGAUCUAGAGAGCGUAACCGUCUCCACCGACGACCACCGAAUUCCUAAAGUCUGCGAAUCAUUGACAGAGGAUGUCGACAUUUCCGAUUUCUCUUAGUUAGUUUCACAAAAUUCAGGGUAGCAUCAUUGUAUUAAUUGGACGGGCAAUAAACGGGCGUGCCCAAACCACCUCUGAAGUCUACUCAACGGAUUGUCCUCUGUAGACUAUAAUCGAAGGGCUUCAAUCUCCGCCCUCAUUUCACACACACACAACCUUACAUUUACAUCCGUAAAGACAGAUGUACGGUACAUGCGUUUCGGGUUUCGUGAUGAAUUUAUGGAUACUUUAGGUUUACGGGAACCCUCCGAGCAGAAUUGAUCCACACGACAAUUUUGUCCGUAAUCGCCUCUUGGCGUCAACUGGACAGUCAUCAAUCGGCAGUAACUGACUUACCUUAUUCAAGCCUCUGAAUUCUGCGCCAGUAGCAUGGUAACGAACGAAUUGGAUUAGCCUGCGACUGCCCUUAUUCUUCAGUAGACUAGAAGCAACUGUUCGUAAUGGCUGUUUUAGUCAAUAAUUUUCCCCUGUAUUCCCCAAAGAUUGCAUAGAUACCACAAUUGGCUGUACUUUCUCAUCUCAACUGACUUUGACCAGAUCAAGGAAUUUUAGACUAGUGCUUUUCUUAUCCUUCUAAACCAGGACUCUCUGCAGCCAUGAAAAUACGCUGUGUAAUGGGGCUGGUAUCUGCUAGGGAGGAUUUUGUGGCCACCUUAAAGGUGUCUACAUAUUUAUUUUACAGGCACGGCGUACCGAGAAAUGGCUUAAUUUGGCAGCUUUUUAAAAUUCCUGUGGAGCACGUCAGACUUGCCUCGUGUAUAAUUGCAGAAUAUCGCUUUGGCGCAAUGCCUUUGGACUUAGUCACGCAAGUCCAUAGAGGCGGCUAACAUCAUAGACUCACAGACACGCCCUGACCUUGUCAGCAGCCAUUCCCACCUGAAACAGCAGCUGAGGGUCCUGUAUAGAAUAAAUCCUUUAUUAUAUGGUCUUUAGUUAUUUCUUACCAAGCAGGUCUCGACCUGCCUAUUGUGACACGCAAGAUGCACCAGUUAUCCUAGCCGAUACCAGUUUUUAGCCUAAAUCUUUAUCGUCAGCCGGCUCCUACCAGUUAAAGCAAAGCAAACUGAGGAUUUUUCACCGCAGAUACCCCCUCACAAAUUGCAAUUCUUCGAUCCUUCUUUUAUUUUUUCUUUCAGACGCACUCAUUACCCCUACAGUCAUUGGAGAAUCGUGAUGCGGUUCCCAGCAAUAAUUCAAAACAUCGCAAUGCAGCCUCAUGUAAGCAGCUUAAUCUAUCUGCCCGGAAUUCAUGCCCAAAAACUUAUUUUACGGGCAGCCAGUCAAACAACAGUGUACAGUCCAAACGGCCCUCUGUCCGGUUCACAUCAUGCUCUACCCGGAAGCAUUGUGAAGCCACCUCCCCUCUAACAGACUCCUGGACAUCUGAAUAUACUUCAAAGUUCGCGCCCUAUCCCCCCAAUGUAUAUUCAAAGUCUGCAGCAGCACUCGCUUCCCAAUCUCUGCCGCAUUCGACUUCCAAAGCAAUCUCUAGAAGGAUUCGCAAUGCUAAUGUUGAUAAAAUUACCGCUCGAAUGUCCUCAAACGGCAACCCAAACUAUAUACUGGACAAGCCUUAGUCAGUUUGAUGUUUAUUGCUGGUUUCGAGGUAAUUGAUUGGAUUUUCAGGGUCCCUCCCUACCUCUUAAGGCGGUGACUUUAUCUUCCAUACGGCUGUACUUUCCUCCCGCAAUACUUGCAGUUGUCUUUCUGUUCACAUGGAUUCCUAUUGCCUUACGCUCGAGCGUAUUUCUCUCCUUCCAUUCUCUGGUCCUCUUGCAAUUACUUUUUUGUGAGCUGAAGUACAUACCAAAUAAAAUAUAGUACCUUCUCAAAACUUUUUUCUUCUGAGCUUUGGAGUCUGCUGAAACUGCUGCUGCUGCUGCCACCACCUUGGUGUUUCACAACUCCUAUCUUGCCAUGUUUGCGUGAUUCCGGUUUGCUCUUGAGGGUUAGUUUGUGACCUCCCUCUAGUUGCUGUGGGGAUUUCAAAUGCCUCUUAUCACGUUAUUUAAGUGGUGGUAGUGUGUUUAAUUUUUAUCACAGGUGACAUUUGCUAGCGUUUUUGCCCUUGACAUUCGAACCAGUUUUCAAAAAAGUGAACAUCAGGCUCUUUCGUUGCUUAGUCCUGCGUCUGUCAAGCAGCUGCGUUAUCACGUACCAUCCUGAUUGGUACCGCAUAAAUUAAAUUGUACGAGAAAACACAUUGGAGCCAUCACGCUUUCGCUGUUUUUUUUUUCGUGGGGCCCCCGAAUCCCUUGUUGACCGUGGUAAAUAGUCUCAUCUUCUUGUAUUCUUCUAUUCACACCAUUAAGACAGCACCAUUUUCAGGUGAUGUUUCUGGGUUGGUUUACUAAGACUCACGUGAAUGCGCUCUGUUUAUGUUUUAAGCCUGGCAGCUUCAGCGCCAGUAACCCCAUGGGCAGAUUUUUGUCCCAUCUUUUAUUCGCUCACAGUGCCUGCUUCUGUUUCUUCUUUUGCGAAUAGCGGUUUUUGUUGCUCGGCCUUCAUCCACUAAUUCUCGUAGUUUACAGUUAGUCAAACAGACAGAUUUACUGACGUCAAUGGACACCUUCCCACAAUUGAGUACAAAUUUAGGGAUUGUGGGAGAACGUCGUCCCGUGAGAAUUGCCCGUUUUACACUUGACGUAGACAGUUGUACCAGUAAUCCAAGUCCUUCGAGUGUUGCCAUGAACGUUUUUGUCGGAUGAAACUAGGAGUAGUUUAUAUUGACUGCCUCUAGGCUACAUCGGUGGGUAAAUGUGUAUUUGCUGCUGACUUCGCCUUUUUUACAUUGAGUUUACUAAACACCUACAGGCUAUGCUUUGGACUUAUUCUCUUUUUUCAGUAUGCAUUUCAAUGACCGAAGUUAUGUCAACAAAUCCUGCGUCGGAUCCGAUGCUGUCGCCAAAAGCUACUGAUUCUGCUCCUGAUCUUUCGAAGUCGUCCCUACCAAAUCCGCAGGUGCACAGACGGCGACGUUCUUGGACUCGUUCGAGCUCACGGUCACGUUCGAGAAGUCGUUCAUACAGUCGCAGAAGGUAUAGACGUUCGCGGUAAGUCGUCAUUGGUGCGACUAGUAGACCCAAGACUUUUCUGUCCGGUAGAGAUUACGACUUGUACGUUUCUAUCUUGUUGUAGCUCGCGUGAUUACAGUCGUUCCUCACGAAACCUCCACUUUUCCCGAAAUGGAAGGAUACCUUAUGGGUAUGAUCUUAAACCUCAUCUCAUUUUUCAGCUUCAUCUAGUUAUACUCCAACUCGCAUCAGCCUCACCUUAACAAACUCUUUGUCUUUGUGCAAAAAUCACGGCAACGACCCCUUUUGCUCAUUGGGAGUCCAGUGCUCGAUUUCCCCCAUCGACAGUGCCUUAGAGUCUGCACUCAUUUGCAUUUUUACCUGACUGUCCCUCACAUCUAGUUGAUGUAGAAGACUUGGGGGGGGAUAGACCCUCCGUCUUUUUCAGUGACCAUCAUUAACGUCUAUCGUCUUGAUUUCUUUGGGACUCUGCUGGCGAUGUUUUCUUUUCGGUCGGUUGCACCAAUUAACCAGAACUGUUCUGUCCUCCCUUCAGCCGAAGUCCGCCGCCCAGAUCACGGCUGUCCGGCCGUCCACGGGAUCGGUCACCACGCCGACACUCUUCGCGUUCGCCGUCCCACCACCGCUACCAAUCGGGACCACGAUCUGGAAACCGCCCUGCUGUUGCGCCGCCUAACGCUGGCGACCGCUGGCCUGAUGGUAGCAGUGGUGGUGGCGGACCGUUAGACUAUCCAGGUAUGCCUAAUCGUGACCGCUCUAGCCUUCACUUCGGUAAUAGAACACCGCCGCAUCGCAACCGCACCCCCUCCUACCAUUCCGUCGUUGGCGAAAAAUCAUCCAGUCCCACAGUGCCCACUCUGGACGAACGGUUCCGUGAACUAG